UUUUACGGUUUUCUCCGAUAAAGAAAAUAAACCGUCGUAGUAUCCACUGUGUAUAUAGAGACACAGAAGGAGAGAGACCGGGUAGUUUUUAACAACGAGACCCCGUCUCCCAAGCCGCUGUGGGUUGGAAAGAACUUUUCCUAAUGGACACCCCCGAGAGCCCCACCCAAUCUCCUCAGUCCCCUGAGGAGGAGGAGAAAGGGCUGUCCGAUAGUGAGCUACUGGAGUCCCCCGAAUCCCCAACCGAGGAGGACAGGGUGCUGUCAGACACCGAGCUGCUGAACGAUGAUGAGCACGAGCAGGAAGAAGAGGGCGGGAGAGGCAGGAUGGGAGAUUCCGACAUGGACGACGACGAAGAUCUCGGAGGAGGAGCUCGGGACGAUGUCUCCGACCAAGAGGACGAGAAGGAGGGGGUCGACCUUGGCCAACAGGUGCGUCCUGCGAGGUUGCUAGGAGACGGCAGAAGGGGAAUUCGGUCUCCCGAGGAAGAGGAGGAUGAAGAAGAGAUUAGAGAGACCCCCAGGUCUCCGGACCCUGACUCCGAGCCAGAUCAGGAGCAUCCAUUCGGCUUCCAGGAGGAGGAGAUGUUACGCCGAGGUCGAGAUGAAGAUGACGAUGACGACAGAGGAGAGGUGGUCGCCAAGUCCGCCCUGAUCCAUCGAGAUAUGGACGAAGAGGAGGAUGAGGAGGAACAAAGGAGGAGGAGAAGGGCUGCAAUGGCGAACGAGCUGAAGGACGAGUCCUCGUCCGUCUCCAGGGAGCUCGACGAGCAUGAGCUGGACUACGACGAGGAGGUGCCAGAGGAGCCCAGCACGGCUGCUGGCGAGGAGGACGACGCGGAAAAAGGUCCUGGAGGAGAGGAUGGAGAGGAAGAGGAGGAAGACGACGACGAAGUGGAGAAAAGGAGUAAGAAGAAAGAGAGAACUCCCAUACUACCUCCACAGCAGAGAGACGCGCAGCCGAAGAAGCUGGAAGAACCCAGAGGCCAAGAACGAGGGAGGAGAGAUUCGUUCCGAGACAAAAAGAAAGAGGAAGAUGAUGGAGAGAUCGACGAAGGAGAGAUUGAUGAUGAUGAUCUGGAGGAAGGAGAGGUGAAAGACCCCAUGGACAGAAAGAUACGACCAAGGCCUAUCUGUCGUUUCUUUAUGAAAGGUAACUGUACAUGGGGAAUGAACUGUAGGUUUAUUCAUCCGGGGGUCAACGACAAAGGCAACUACACACUCAUCUCCAAACCGGAUCCUUUCUCCCCCAACGGAGCGCCCCCGGGCGGAGGACCUCACCCGCUCAUGCCCUCCAACCCCUGGGGGGGUCCUGCUGUUGAGGAGCUCCCUCCUCCUCCUCCUCCCAUGGAGCCACCAGUGGAGAGUGCCUGGGAGCGGGGUCUGAGACAUGCCAAAGAGGUGUUGAAAAAAGCCACAAUCCGGAAAGAGCAAGAGCCCGACUUUGAGGAAAAGCGCUUCAACGUGACCAUUGGCGAGGACGAGCGAGAUUUCGACAAAGAAAACGACUUCUUCAGGGAAAGAGGGUACCGUAUCACCAGAGAGAUACGAGACGAUAUCGAAUUCAGGGACCCGAUAUAUGGUGAUCCGUAUGCUGACCCGUACUAUGAUUAUGAGAUGGAAGCUUUCUGGAGAGGGGGCCAGUAUGAGAACUUCCGUGUUCAGUACACAGAAACUCCACUUCCCUAUCACUACAGCGAUCGAGAACGGGACAGAGAUCCUCGUGAGCGUCAUCGCGAACGCGAGAGAGAGCGCGAAAGAGACCACCGUGAGCGAGAGCGUCGCCAGAGAGAGCGAGAAAGGGAGAGAGAGAGGGAGCGAGAGAAAGAGAGACUGCGCAGAAAGGAGGAGUGGGAGAGGGAUCGUCUAAAACGCGACGAGAAAGAGGGCAGGCCGAGAGAACGCCCACCUCGAGAGCCCCGCGAGAAAAAAGAAGAGAAAGAGAAGCCGCCUAAACCUCCUCGUUCUCCUGUCAGCAUGCCCCCCAGAGGACCGAUAGAGCCACAGCCCAAAAAAGAACUGGUCCCUCUGGCCAAGCGGCCGGAUGAAUGGAAGGAUCCCUGGAGAAGGUCAAAGUCUCCAAGGAGACGCCCCGGCCUAACUGGGUCACCGCCACGUGGGCGUAGGCGACAUCGUCCCUCUGGGUCUUCGGUGUCUCUUUCAAAUUCCUCUAGGUCAUCUUCUCGUUCCUCAUCGUACACAGGAUCAGGUUCCUCACGUUCUAGGUCUCACUCGCGUUCACGUUCCUCUUCUUUCAGUUCCUAUUCGAGCCACUCCUCCCAACGCAGCUCUUUCAGCGGAAGCCGCUCCAGGUCCAGAUCUUUUUCUUCAUCUCCUUCUCCAAACCCUGCGGCACAAAGGAAUGCUAACAAGGUGAAAGCAGAGCAGCCUCCAGCAGCAGUCAAAGGCCUGCCGUUGAAGCCUGGUGCAAUGCCCCCUCCUCGCAGAGACAAAGUCCCUCCGAAAAAAAUGGCCACCCCGCCAUUACCGGGCCAACCGGGAAAACCAGUUAAGCCCAUCGCCGAGGGAGGCAAACCACCAGUCCCCCGCGAGGGAGGACGGCCUCCUCCACCUCGUGACCCCACCAAACCACCCAACAUCAGGGAAGGCCGCAGGAAGGCUCGCCAGCAGCAUAACCCACCCCGGAGGCGGACGAUCAGUGGGAGCGUGAGUGGUAGCGCCAGCAGUUAUUCCGGGUCGAGUUCUCAUUCCCGAUCCCGCUCGUCUUCCGCCUCGCUCUCUCGAUCUCGCUCCGGAUCGCGCAAAUCCAGGAAAUCCAGGUCUCUGUCUGUGAGCAGUGUAUCGUCUGUCUCGUCUGCGUCGUCGAGCAGCACCUCGGCCAGAAGCGCAGACUCCGACGACAUGUACGCUGACCUGGCCAGUCCCGUGUCCUCUGCCAGUUCCCACUCUCCCACCCCCGGGCACCCCCGCAAGGAACGGGGCACGCCACGCGACCGAGGCCCCAAUAAAGAAAGAGGAAAGCCUCCAAAGAGGGACGAGCCUUUUAAAGAAGAGAGGAAAAAGGUCGACCCGUCCAGCCUUCCACCCAAAGCGACCUCUGGCGUGCCCAGGUCAGGGCCCGGGAACAGAGGUCACCCCAUGCACCCUCCGUCCAUGGGUCCUCCGGGCGGCUAUGGGUCCCAUAAGGACAUCAAACUCACUCUGCUUAACAAGCAGCAGGCAGACAGAGGCAACAGGAAACGGUAUUUCCCAUCUGACAAAGAGAGGCCAACAUCUCCCCUCAGUAAAAGGAUAGCACUGUCUCCAGACAGAGGUCGCGACAGGAGAAUUCCCGGGAGGCCUCCACUUUCUCCGAGAAUGGACAGGCCCAGACUUCAGGGUCCCAGGCCAAUGGGCCCACCGGGAGACAGGAAGCGACUGCUGUCUCCCCCGCCCAAAUCUUCCGGGAAGGCGCCCAUGGUGUCCGCUGGCAAGCCCCCCGGGCCCGGCGCCGGGUCCAGCUCGGGGAAACCCAGCAGCACGCUGUCACGCCGCGAGGAGCUGCUCAAACAGCUGAAGGCCGUGGAAGACGCCAUCGCUCGCAAACGGGCGAAAAUCCCUGGCAAGUGAGACGCCGUCGUCGGUCGUGGGCCGCGCUAAGCAUCCUGGGGAAAUUAGUCAAGGAGGACGCGUAGAGUCCUGGAGAAACGAAUAUGUGCGGUCAUUUGUCCUUCACCUUAAAGGUCAUCCUAAAACGUACUGGGACAGAGAGACCACUCAAAACCCUUUGGCCUGUACACCCUCAGAGAGAGGUUGACUAGAUUUUAUAUUGAUAUAUGAACAGUAGUGAGGCAAUUCAACAGCCCUUGACCGUUUUGUUUUUUUUUGGGUUUUUUUUUUUGAGAAGGAGAAAUCUUUACCAUAGAGUCUCAGUAAUGAGAAAAAAAAAAUGUAUAUGUUUGGUCCAGGUUGUGUCUCGCUCUCUUUUUUUUUUUUCUGCUCCCCCUUUUCACUAACUCUUUCACUUCACUCCCACCUCCCAUUCUAUAUCCCCCUCUCUCCCGGCCCUUUGCCCUUUGACAUGGUCAGUUUUUGUUGUGUUUUGUUUUUACAGGUCCUCGACACUGCCUCCCAGAUUAGAAAAUCGGUUUUGCUUCAGCAGAUUUUGUGUCUGACUGAAACUCUUUGACAUUUCUCUCAGGAUCCUGAUUGUUGACAGAGGUCCUGUCUUAACCAAUGAACUCUCUCCUUCUCUAGUUAUGUGUGUUGUGUUUUCUGAUUGCGUCGUUACUCACCAUGUAUAAAUAUAGUAAACCAGAUGAGAAGCACCCAUUUCAUAACAGUGUAUGAUUCUAGAGAACAAAUGACAGUGAUGUGAAGUAUUGCU